CCCACACGCCCACACACCAUGUCUGUCGAAAAGAAGGAUAUCGAACAACCACAAGAGAUCAACAAGAUCAGAAUCACCUUCACCUCCACCAACGUCAAGUCCUUGGAGAAGGUGUCCAACUUGGUGGUCAGAAACGCCGCCAAGGAGGGCAUCAAGAAGAAGGGCCCGGUCAGAAUGCCAACCAAGGCCUUGUCCAUCGCCACCAGAAAGACCCCCAACGGUGAGGGUUCCAAGACCUGGGAGCACUACGAGAUGAGAAUCCACAAGAGAUACAUCGACUUGGAGGCUCCUUCUGCUCUUGUCAAGAACAUCACGUCCUUGACCAUCGAGCCGGGUGUCGAUGUCGAGGUCACCGUCUCCGUCUCCGCUUAAGUGCCGGCGCCGUAGACGACGGCCCCGGGACUGCGGAAUCUGUGCACCGGGCCCCCUACACCCCAGCCCGCCGGCCCCACUCUAGGCGUACCGUGUAUGACUUCAAGUUCCCUCCGACCUCCAAGCAUAUAUGAGACGUUGCGGUGGUCAGCUAUCAGUGGACGCCGUCGGCUGCCUCCCUGUGUAUCAUCCCCUUUGUACCUUCCUAUAGCAAUCCCGAACCCCG